AAAUUUAACCAUUUUUUAACACACAAGCGUGAGCCUUCCUGGUUAAAAGAAGUGUAUAUUUUAUUUUUGUGUGUAGAAAUAUAUACAUAUAUAUUUUUUCUCUCUGAACCACGUUCUCUACCGCAAUUAUAAAAUCAUCCAUUUUAGCCAACUCAGAGCUAACACACCACUUUAAUCAACUGUAAUCAAAGCAGCCAUUUCGUCAUCAUUUACAAAAAUAAAAAUUAAUAAUUCCAGAGCCAACCAGCCAGAAAGCGAUAAGACAAAAAAAAUAUUUAAAAAAUAUAUAAUUAUUUAUAACGCGAGGGUCAUUCAUCUGUCUUAAAUUAUCAACCUUUUUUUGGGUUUAUCAACUCAAAUUUUAUUUCACGCUAAAAGGCGGUCGUCCAGCAGGGCGUUACCAUUUUAUAUGACUUUUCUUCGUCGUCAAGAAACAUUCAGGAUAUCAUCCAGAGGGAAAGGAACGUAUUUUAUUCGUGGUGGCGGUGGAAGGACGUUGUCCAGACAUCGUAAAAAUAAAAAAAUCACCAUAAUCUCAUUAAAUAAUAGUGAUUAUUAUUUUUGUGAUACACCUUUGUCGAAUAUAUCGACUUGGUGUUUAAAUAUUGUAUCAAAAAGAUACGAAUCAGCAGCGUGUAUGAUCAUUGAGGACAAUCCCCCUUUGCCCACUAGACAGAGGCAUAAUCCGUAUCAAGAUACCACCCAACGUUUCUUGAAUCAUUUGGUCCUGCCAAAGCACAGGACGUCAAAAUUUUCCAGUAACAGACAUAGAAAACUUCAGCCAUUUAGGGAAACGUGACUGUCGUUAUUAGGUAAUGCGGUAGACCAAACCGCAAUCGAUUUGAAAUACUCAUAUUCGAUACGUUAUAAAGCAUCUGAAGGUAGCAAUCAAAUGAACGUAAAAUCGAAACGUGACAAUCAAACUGUCUCAUCAAGAUUUAAUAAUAAUAACAAUUUAAAUAAUACAAAAGUAUAUCAAAUGUUAUUAUCAGCUUGAUUAAACAAGUAAUAUCAACAAGGAUUUUAAGAGAAAAAAAAAAGGGAAAAAUAUAAAUAAUAUAAUAAAA